UUACCUGGCCAGCUGCGCUACAUUAUCCACUCACCAACCUCUCCUUGCACCACUCUGCUCUGAUUACUCUGCCAGCUGCGCUGCAUUACCCACUAACCUCUCCCAGUAUUUAAAGCCUCUUCUCACAGCUCAACUUUGUCAGAUCGUCUGCAAUUCCACACCCGGAACCAGUUUGCUGUCUUCUCUCUGACUCCUGUAUCUUGACCCUGAACCUGCCUGUAUCCUGACUACUCUUCUGCCCCGGAAAACCCGACCUGCCUUCUGCCUGCACGACUCUUGACUACUCUUCUACCCCGGACUUCCGGACCACCUACCACCGGCUCCUUUGGACUAAUCUCUGCCACUGGGGGGGGACGCACACACAGCACGUUGGACGAACCCUGGAAUCCCGGUAACUCUUGGAACCAGCAGAACCCUCACUCUCCCAACUUCCCUUUCCCCUCAAGUUUUUUCAAUAAACUUUCUGUGUGACGCAAUUGUGGUCCUCUGGUCGUCUGUCUGAACCGUGACAGUACGAUCUGACCACUAUGGACCCAGCGCACACUUCCCCCAACAUGGAAACCGAUGAGCCUGAGCAACCCACCGCCAUGCAACGUCUGGAAAAUGCUGAGAGAGAGGUAACCCGCAUGAGCGGCGACAUUGCCUCCCUGCUACAGGUCGGCCACCAACAACAUCAGCAGUUCCAGCAGCAACAGCAGCAGUUCCAGCAGCAACAGCAACAGGUCCAGCACCAGCAACAACAACUCGGCUUAAUCAUCCAGCUCCUCACCAACCUUACCCCAGCCGCUCUACCUGCCGGCCUUGCCCCAGCCGUUCUGCCCGCCAGCCCAGCUCCAGCCAGUCUGCCCACCAGUCCAGCUCCAGUCAGUCUGCCCACCAGCACAGCCCCAGAGUAA